CACAGAAGGCGCCGGGCCAUUCACAAAGCGCAGCGCUUCUUGAGCAUGCGCAGUGGGCACCCGGCUGUCACAGAAGCCGGCCCAGGAAGAAGAGAGAAGGACAACUCCGCGGAAGUGGGAGCGGGUACCUCUCAAAUUCAGGUACCCGCUCCCCCUCCCUCCCCAAAGGUCAGCAGUCUCUGGUCAUUCCCUGCACUACUCUGGUCAUUCCCUGCACUGUCUGCAGUCUCUGGUCAUCCCCUGCACUGUGUCCGCAGUCUCUGGUCAUCCCCUGUACUGUGUCUGCAGUCCAUUGGUUCAGAAUAUUUUUUUUCUUGUUUU